UCUUCUUCAAUGCCGGCCUCUCUCUUCACUACAUAUACUCGUAGACCUUAGCCUCUGUCUCGCACUGCACAAGUUUCGAAUAAGCAUCUAAUAACAAGAACAUGGCUAAGCGUUUCAAGCUUAGGCUCUCUCGUGUGAUAUCUUCAUUUCAAAUCUGUCGAUCCAAAAACGCUUCAGAAAUUCCAAUCCCAGCAAUCUACAGGGUAUCACCUAUCAACCGAAAGGCACUUGAUAUCAAUUACCAUAAACACCCGGAGGCCCCACCAUCAACACCAGAUUUUCAAAACCAUUUGUCACGGAAGAAAGCUUCCGUUGGCUGCAGACGUCAAGCAAGAAUACUUGCACAGUACCUAGCAGAUUGUAGCUUCGAAUCCCUGGAUUUUGCAUGGGAGAAAGAAGCUUAUAAGCAUCGCCCUACCAGACUCCGCCGAUAUAUGCGGAGUAUAUCACUUUCCGAUGAAAGUAAUGGGAAUAUUUCACCUGUCAUAGUAGCUGCAAGCCAGAAGAACAAGAACAAAGAGAACAGCAAAGAUUCCAAUAAAGAUGAAAUAGGCGUUUCACGGGAGCAUGGCGGCUGCAGCUUUAGCGGCGAGGAUGAUGAAAAUGAAGUAGAAACUGAAACCCUACUUCUUUCUUCAAGAAGUUUCUCAUAUGAUUCUUCGUAUGAUUACUGUCAUCCGGUUGUGUAUACCACAACCAAGAAAACAGACAACGGAAACAAGAAAUCAAAUAAAAUGAGAAUUCAAAAACUCAAACGGCAGGUUUCCAAGAACUGGAAGUUGUCGUCUCCGGAGAUUACUUCUCCAAUGGGGGCAUCCGUUCUGCGGCGGAUGGUAUCAUGCAAGGCUGAUGGGAAGGUGAAGGAGAGCGUGCCGGUGGUGAAGAAAUCAGAGGAUCCUUAUGAGGACUUUAAAAGGUCCAUGCUAGAGAUGAUAUUGGAGAAGCAGAUGUUUGAGGCCAAGGAUUUGGAAGAACUUUUGCAGUGUUUUUUGUCCUUGAAUUCCAGGCAAUAUCAUGGAGCUAUUGUGGAGGCUUUCUCGGAGAUUUGGGAGAUCUUGUUCUGUGAUUCUCCUGCAAAGAAGCGAAAUUCCAUGAGAAUUUCUCCACCUAAAGCCUGAGGAAGGUCAAAGAGAAAAACGAUUUUUUGUUUUCUCUUUUUACCGAAUGGGUUUUCCGCCGUAACUAUUUUUCGCUACUACAUUGCUAAUUUUAAUUAUGAAUUUUUUUCCCUUGAAAUAUUCCUAUUCUAAAUGAAGUUAAUUAUUAUUUUAUGAAUAUAUGCUCAUGGUAAUUA